AGCAAGCGUGGCAUGAUGGCCGUUCGCAGCUGAGGUGCCUUCGUUUGCUGCCUCGCUCCCGUCUCACCUCACCUCACGCUCCUGCACCAACACCAAACCAACUCCCGCACUGUUGUGAACGCGUCCACCUCCCUCUCUCCGCUGUCCUCUCCGCUGUCCUCUCCGCUGUCCUCUCCGCUGUCCUCUCCGCUGUCCUCCCAACAUGGCUUCCACUGCUCCAGCCCCGGCUCCAUUGUCGCCGGCGAUCACCAAGCGAGCGGCGGCAAUCUUCCAGCCGUCCUCGCAGCAUGCCACCUUGGAUGAAUUUCUUGCCCACCUCACCACGCCUCAGUCUUCCGCUGCGUUGCCCAUCGAUGUCGAUACUGCACAUCCUCUUUCGCACUACUUCAUCUCCAGCAGUCACAACACAUACCUUUCCGGCAAUCAAUUGUGGUCCAAGAGCUCUGGGGAUGCCUAUCAGCAAGUAUUGAAGCUGGACUGUCGGUGCAUUGAGAUUGAUCUUUGGGAUGGCGAUUCUCCCUCCUCUUCGGAAGCAGAAGACAACGCCAAGAAACCUGACGACGUCAACAAACUGUCUGGACUGCUGAAGAAGAAGCUAAAUAGACUCCGAUCCCGCUCCGAUCCAAAGGCAGACGACGAUGAUCAGCCCAAGCCCGACGAUUUGAUGCCCAUGCCCUGGAGGACUGCAUCUGGACGCUCAGAACCAGUCGUCUAUCAUGGCUACACGGCAACCAAGGAGGUGCCCUUUCGAAAGGUGUGUGAGGUCGUUCGUCAAUACGCCUUCUAUCGCACCACUCUACCUCUGAUUGUUAGCUUGGAGGUCCACUGCAGUCCGCCACAGCAAGAAAUCGUCUGCGAGCUCAUGCAAGACUACUGGGGUGAAUUUUUGGUAAAGCUACCAGACGGCUUCUCUGACUCAACGCCAUUACCAUCGUUGGAAAACCUGCGGAAGAAAAUCCUCGUCAAGGUGAAGUUUGUCCCUCCAGAGAAGGCCAAGAACAAGGACGCCAACGAGGACGACUCCAGUGAGGACGAGGGCGACGCCACGAAGAAGAGCAAAAUCAUCGAAAAGUUGAGCACCAUGGGUGUUUUCACGCGUGCCUUCCAUUUUCAAAGCUUCGACCAUCCGACCUCCAGCAUUCCUACGCAUGUCUUCUCCUUCGGCGAAAGCAAACUGCUCAAGGCCUGUGAAGAGCAACCAGAACAGCUUCUAAAACACAACCAGCACUAUCUCAUGCGCGCUUACCCUAAAGGGACACGAUUAAGGUCAACAAACCUGGAUCCUGCUCCUUUCUGGCGCUAUGGAGUUCAGAUGGUCGCUUUGAACUUUCAGAAGAUCAACGCCGCAAACAUGCUCAACUUUGCCCAGUUCGAGUCGACGGGUGGUUAUGUCUUGAAACCACACGGCUAUCUGCCAACAGGCAGUGGUGACGGAGUGCAAGCACGCCGCAGAUCCCUCGAUCUGAGCGUGAAAUUGCACGCUGCACAAGCUCUAGGCACACCCAAGGAUGUCCCGAAGGCGUACGUCAAGUGUGAACUGCACGUUGGAAGCAAAGACGAAUUUGAGAAGAACAAAAUCGCAAAAGGAGGGAAGAAUAAGGGUGGUGAGUGGAAGCACAAAAGUAGCGUCGUUGAAUCCCGGGAUCCCGAGUUCGAUGAGCUGUUGGACUUCCGAGGAGUGCACGGCAUCGUGCCCGAGUUGUCUUUCUUCCGAUUGAAGGUGAUGGAUGAUGUUUCUUACCAAAAGGAUGACCUGCUUGGCUGGGCGUGCUAUCGAUUGGACCGCUUGCCGAACGGCCCUAUUCUGGUUCAUCUACGCGGCGAGGAUUAUAAGCCCAACGGUGCGAGGCUGCUACUCUCCGUGACCUCGCAGUGGACCGAGUAAUCGGCUCGCGCGACACUGUGCUCUUCUCAACAUGCGCUUUGUGUUCCCAAGCUCCUGAAUGCAUGGUGCACGAGGUGUGCCGCAACAUUACGGUUGCCGGGAAUUGCCAACGCAUGGCCAUCUGAUCAAUGUUGCAGUACCCUCGCACUGCAGUUCCAACUGCCGGGUUUGCAUUCGGCGCCUGCUCCUGCUAAUGAUGCACAAUGAGCUGUGUAGGUCCAUCCAGCUGCGGGUCGCGAGAUGCAGUGGAGACCGCUUCUCAGUACUCACCGGGCCAUUGUUCGGUUGCUGAUAUCGCACGUCGAGUGGCUUUGAGCAUCCGUUGAUCGGGCCACGCGUUGCUGAGAUGAGCAAAGCGAUACUAUACAGCAAUGCGACAGAGAGCGACAGCGGAAAAAUACACGGAAGCAAUGCAAAGUCGCACAUCCUAUACCUGUAAGCUCGUUGUACAGCUCCGACGUCGCUACGCACUGCACAGUCGUGACUCCGGCUCGUGAAACAAAGCUUCGGCAGUUAAUAUUUUGAUUUUAUGGAAUCUGAACAAUAUUCUGAUUCGAGCUGGGAUGAAGUCGCCAUCUGACUCUUGUGUUUCUCUUUGCAGACAGAAUUGCCGGGGUUUGACAGGGAUGUGGCGCAGACCCUCGUUGUGCGCAUGAAGAAUGCACACAUCACAAAAUCUUUCCGCAGUUCGACCCAGAGCCAUCAGCGAGCCGUCCAU